AUGGCCAAUGAAGAGGAUGACCCAGUCGUGCAGGAGGUCGACGUGUACUUGGCCAAGAGUCUGGCGGAGAAGCUCUACCUGUUCCAGUACCCUGUGCGCCCGGCCUCCAUGACCUACGACGACAUCCCGCACCUCUCGGCCCGGAUCAAGCCCAAGCAGCAGAAGGUAGAGCUUGAGAUGGCCAUCGACACCCUGAACCCCAACUACUGCCGCAGCAAAGGGGAGCAGAUCGCGCUGAAUGUGGAUGGCACCUGCGCAGACGAGACCAGCACCUACUCCUCGAAGCUGAUGGACAAGCAGACAUUCUGCUCCUCCCAGACCACCAGCAACACCUCCCGCUACGCUGCUGCACUCUACAGGCAAGGUGAGCUCCACCUGACGCCCUUGCACGGCAUCCUGCAGCUGCGGCCCAGCUUCUCCUACCUGGACAAGGCAGACGCCAAGCACCGGGAGAGGGAGGCAGCCAGCGAGGCGGGCGACUCUUCGCAGGACGAGGCGGAAGAAGACGUGAAGCAGAUCACGGUGCGGUUCUCGCGGCCCGAGUCGGAGCAGGCCCGGCAGCGCCGCGUGCAGUCGUACGAGUUCCUGCAGAAGAAGCACGCCGAGGAGCCCUGGGUGCACCUGCACUACCACGGCCGGAGGGACAGCCGCUCUGAGCACGAGCGCCAGUACCUGCUGUGCCAGGGCGGCAGCAGCGCCGAAAACACGGAGCUCGUCAAGUCGCCCAGCGAGUACCUCCUGAUGUUGGUGCCGCCCAGCCAGGAGGAGGAGAGAGACAAGCCCGUGGCCCCCAGCAACGUGCUGUCCAUGGCCCAGCUGCGCACCCUGCCCCUCACCGACCAGAUCAAGAUUCUGAUGAAGAACGUGAAGGUCAUGCCUUUUGCCAACCUGAUGAGCCUUCUGGGCCCCGCUGUGGACUCCGUGGCUGUUCUGCGUGGCAUCCAGAAGGUGGCGAUGUUGGUCCAAGGAAAUUGGGUGGUGAAGAGUGACAUCCUGUACCCCAAGGACUCCUCCAGCCCGCACAGUGGUGUGCCCGCCGAGGUGCUCUGCCGGGGCCGAGACUUCGUGAUGUGGAAGUUCACACAGAGCCGCUGGGUGGUGCGGAAGGAGGUGGCGGCCGUGACCAAACUCUGUGCAGAGGACGUGAAGGACUUCCUGGAGCACAUGGCCGUGGUGAGGAUCAACAGGGGCUGGGAGUUCGUCCUGCCGCACGACGGGGAGUUCAUCCGGAAGCACCCCGACGUGGUGCAGCGGCAGCACAUGCUGUGGACGGGCAUCCAGGCCAAGUUAGAGAAAGUCUAUAACCUGGUGAAGGAAACCACGCCAAAGCAGCCGGACGGACAGCCAGGGCCUGCGGGGCUGCUGUCUGGGGAGCAGCGGGUCCAGGCGGCCAAGAGCAGGGCCCAGCAGGACCACGCGCUGCUGGAGCGGGAGCUGCAGCGGAGGAAGCAGCAGGCCUCGGUGUCUGCGGUGCCGCCCGGCGUGCAGAUCAAGGAGGAGCCCCUGAGCGAGGAGGGCGAGGAGGAGGAGGAGCCCAUGGACACCUCACCCGGCGGCGGCCUCCACGGCCGGCUGACCAACGGGCUGCCCGCCGGGCGGGCUGCGGGCGGGGCCGGCGCCCCGGCGGGCCGGGAGCUGCGGGCCUUCGUGGAGGCCGCCUUCCAGAGGCAGGUGGUGCUCACGCUGAGCGAGCUCAAGCGCCUCUUCAACCUGCACCUGGCGAGCCUGCCCCCGGGCCACUCGCUCUUCCGCGGCAUCUCGGACCGCACGCUGCAGGACGCGGUGCUGGCCGCCGGCUGCAGGCAGAUCCUGGUGCCUUUUCCCCCGCAGACGGCCGCCUCCCCGGAUGAGCAGAAGGUGUUCGCCCUCUGGGAGUCCGGAGACAUGAGCGACCAGCACCGACAGGUUUUGCUUGAAAUUUUCUCCAAAAAUUACCGGGUGCGUCGGAACAUGAUCCAGUCUCGGCUGACGCAGGAGUGCGGUGAAGAUCUCAGCAAGCAGGAGGUGGAUAAAGUGCUGAAGGAUUGCUGUGUAAGCUAUGGUGGCAUGUGGUACCUUAAAGGGACAGUACAAUCUUGA